UGGAUUCAAAAGAGAAGCAGCUCGAAGGACCGAGGAACCAGAGAUCAGAACCGGCACCACAGUCCAGCAAGAGAAACCAGACCAACCGACGGUAUGCAGUACGCUCGUUGUCCCGCCAUCUUGGUCCUCGUGGGGUUGGUCCUGUGUGGCCCCGGCGUGUCCUCACAGCGCAACAGAGACCAGGACCAGGAGCAGUACCAGAACCAGGAUCUGGAACUGGAGCUGCGUCCCCACCUCCUGCUGCAACGAGCUCGCAGCGCCGGGCUCCUGUCGCAGGACUGGAGUAAGCGUGCAGUGGAGGACCUGCUGGCUCAGAUGUCUCUGCCAGAGCCCGACUCACAGCUGGGGGCCGAGGUUGUUUCCGCGUCAACUGGCGGCAGGCUGACCCUGGAGCGGUCCGUCGACCCUCCCAACAACCUGCCGGCUCGUGAGCGCAAAGCCGGCUGCAAGAACUUCUAUUGGAAGGGCUUCACUUCUUGCUAGAGCCCCCACCAGUUGGCACACGGCAACCGUUCUCAGAUCACCUGACCCUCAACUAAGCGACUGGUCGGACUAAUCAGCAGCAUUCUGGCUGUGGUGUACCUAAAUAAUUAAUGUAAUUAUCAAUAAAAAAGAUAAAUCAGUGAAGUCUGUGGCUCUGCCUCC